AUGGAGUCCGUCAAGCACACAUCAGCAUGGACGCUGCUAUACCCCCUCGCCCCAUCCCGGCUCAUCGCUCAUGCGCCGCACAUGCCGCGCCGCCUUGGCCCACUACUGCGCCAACCAUCCUCAGAGAAGAAGCGGUUUGGGGUUGGUUUUCUGCAAGAGGCAGUCAUUCUUACCAGCUGCCGUGUGACACCUCCCACCCCUCGUUGCACCCUUGCCCACACACACACACACAUACACACCCACUGUUCGCUCUCUACCUUCCCCCCUCCCCCGCAUCUUCGCUUAUACGACUCCCUCUCCCAUUCCCCUACUGCCUUACCACAAACACACUGCAGGGCGCACACCACCUCCUCACCGGAGCCCCAGCGGGGCCCUGGCGUGAUACUGUCGAGGAGAGGGAAAAGGGAAGGGCAGGAAGCAACCUCCCCCUUACACAUCAUCAUGAUCAGCCUGGAUGCCUACGCGCGGUACGUUUACCAGUACUCCUCGCCAUCCACAACAGAGCAUCUGCAGCGGACCGUCUGGGGUCCGCUUGGCCUCUGCUCUGGCGCAUCCGCCUCCACCAAAUCCAUCUCCGGUGCGCAGCCAUGCUGGAGAGACGCAUCCAUAUCGCACGAGGUGCUGUACGCCGUUCCACCCAUCACAACAAACCUGCGGUGUGUCGGCAAUCGCAUCGAGGCCCAGCUCACUGAUCGUCUUGAAGCACUCCCGCUCUCGGCGCCGGCGGUAACCACCACCACUCCAGCUGCAGCGACUUUGGCCUCCCGCUUCGCACCUCCAUCGCGCCUCGUUUCCAUUGGUCUGCCGUAUUGCUUGUGCGUGAAGCCGCAGGCAGGGCAUCUCACGCCGUGGCCACCCAUUCACACCUCAAGCAUCUCCUCUUCGAUGACAGGCACAUCAGACUCAGAAACGAGUCGUAAGCAGCCGAGUAGAAGACCCCUCGUGGUGGUGGUAGAUGCGGGGGCGGCAGAGGCAGUGCUGCGGGGAAGCGACCUCUAUGCGCCGGGUAUCGUGACAGCCUCCCGCCCUUUCCGCGCCGGAGAGCGCGCGGUCGUGGCCUUCUACGUCAAGCGUGUUGCAGGCACAACAGACGGGGAGCUGAAUGAAAAUGCAGAAGCGCCGCGUUAUCUCACCUGCGCGCUCCCCACCGGGGCCACACUCCCGGCCGCGCAGUUUGAGCCCCUCAGUACGGACUUCGAUUACCAAGACGAGCACCAGCAGGUCAAUAGGCUGGCUGGCCGCUCUACCUUUCUCGUGUGCAUCGGCAGUGGUGUGAUGUGCAUGGAGUGGAAGUGUAUCAUGAGCCGGUCGGCACAUGGCACCGCACUGCGGACGGAGUGGACACCACAGGGGCAACCCUCUCGCACCACUCUGCGUGCUCUGCUCGGAAUCACGAAGGACACGGAAGACAGCCAUGAGCACAGCGGCACACCAAUACUCCAACCACAACCACAAGGCGUAGAGAAGGGAGGUAAAGAGGCAGAAGAUGUGUUCUUCCUGCAAAACUACUCUAGCAUGGUGCCGGUGGCACUCCUGGUAGACCAUCUCUCGCCAGUCUCCCUCCGUCGUGCGUGGACGCACAGCAACAACGCGGCCCAGGGCCACUCGCCCACAUUCUGCACUCUUCUCGACGCCUGCGCCGCGCCGGGGGGCAAGACGAGUCUGCUGCUGUCAUUGCUGCGGGAGCGCGCCGAGCAGGAGAGGACGGCGAUGGCAGAGACAGCAACCCCUCCUCCACUCCACAUAGAGCCGUUUCAGGUGGUCUGCUGCGAGCGUAGCCGACCUCGCCAAGAGCAGCUGAUGAGCCUCCUUCACCGCCACUUCGCAGCCGAUGUUCCAUACGUAACGCGCGUGCUGAAGUCUCACUGUGUUGACACGAACACGUUCCUCAAGCGCAAACUCACCGAGGCAGCUGGAAGCAGCAGCGGCGGCAUCGCAUCACACACGGACACCUUCGAUGCGGUCUUACUAGACCCGCCGUGCACGGGCAUGGGUCUGCGGCCAAAGCUAAUGCCCCACAUGCAGUCCGCUGCCUCCAUCCAACGGUCAGCUGACUACCAGCGCAAGCUGUUCGACUCCUGCAUCCGUCAUAUCCGCGGCUCGCCAACGUCGCCUGGAGUACUCGUGUACAGCACCUGCACCACCACGCUGGAGGAGAAUGAAGCAAACGUUUUGCACUUCCUCCGCACCUACCCCUCUGUGCGUCUUGCCCGUGCCAAGACAGCGGCCCACCGGGCGCUGUGCGACCUCUCCGCUGUUCGUAGCUACGGUUCUCAGCAGGAUGCCGACGAGUGUCACGGCCCCACUUCGACGUGCUUUUGCCUCUUGCGAGACGAGAUUAUGGAUGUGCAGAUGGCCAAGGAGCGAGUAGCUGCGGCGGAAGGGCCGCCAUCGUCGUCUCCAGCGACGGAUCCGCUGUUGUUGCUGCGUUUCAUGCCUCGGCCACUCGAUGCGUACGAUGACACAUCUGAAGACGGCGUGGGCUUCUUCGUCGCUGUGUUUCUCUAUUGCGGCUACACGGACGCGUAA